ACCCGUCGCGCGCGCACUACCAAUGAUCUUACCCGCCCGAAAUAUGUCGCCGCCGCAAGGCGCUUUUCACGCGCCGGCAUCAGCGCACACGCAGCCUGAUGAGGAGCCCGUCUCCAGAACUUACCAGUACAGAAAAGUUAUGAAACCCAUGCUUGAAAGAAAAAGAAGAGCACGCAUCAAUCGCUGCUUGGACGAGCUCAAAGAUCUGAUGGUGACCGCUCUUCAAGCUGAAGGCGAAAAUGUUUCCAAGUUGGAAAAGGCAGACAUAUUGGAACUGACUGUUCGACAUUUACAUAGCCUCAAGAGCAGGGGACAAUUAGUGCUAAAACCCGAAAUGUCAUACACGGACCGAUUCCGCGCCGGUUUCACGCAGUGUGCUUCAGAAGUGUCACAAUUCAUCACAAAAGCCACGAUAGCAGCGAACGCGAUGCAACUUCAGGGGCCAGUGGAUCCUCAAGCUGGAGCGAGGUUGCUGCAACACUUGAGCAAUUGCAUUCGAAGGUUUGAAACCCCUCACGUUGUGCAGCCUCAGCCGAUCGCACCUAAUGGAGUAGCUCGGCCGACACCUUUGCAGCCAGUUCCACCGCAGCACUCUGGCCCACAACACAUCACACCGUUGCAGAGGACAUCAUUAUCAGACCGAAGUAUGAAGAGGCCUUUGGAUGGGCCCCAGGACCCAGAAGCGGUGUUAGCGAAGCGUGCGUACGCGCCGCCCUCGCCGCCCCACAGCCCCGCCUCUGAGUCGGACUCCACCCAGUCGAUGUGGAGGCCUUGGUGACCACCAAAGCUGUAGCUCCUCAUGAUCUCUCCUCUACUGGACUGUGUGACUUCUCCAAGUGUGAUAAUCACAAACGUUGUUUGUUUUGUUUCUAUUAACGUUCCUAGAACCGAUGUGUGUUGAAAAAGUUGCAUGAGUUUUACUCGCUUUGCUUGUUCAAGUUUGUUUUAAUAUUUCCUAUUUAAAUAAAAUAAGGUUUUUGUUAAAGUAAUCCGUUGUUAUUGAUUCCUAAUCAACGUCUUCCACGUCGGCAUUAACGCAUUUACUAUAAAGAUAUAAGUGUAGUGUAGCACCUAAGCUUGACUCUGUGAUAUGUUUAGUUAACAUCAAUAGUGUAGGAAAUAUAUAAUAGGAUGCUAAAAUAAUAAUGUUAGUACACUGCGUAAUGAUUAAAAAAUAAUAAA